AACAAGCAUCUCUGAGUUUCACAAUGUGCACCACUCAGUGCCUCCUUAGCAAUGUAGCUUGACUACACACAAAUCAGUCUUGAGAUUAACCUGACCUUAACUGCAGUUAACGUUUUAAUAUGUACUGUCUUUUUUGAAUAUAUACAUAUACUGCUAAGGAAAAAAAAAACAUCUGAAUAUACUGAAUAAAAGAGACUCGUUCUGCUGUGUAGGUAGUUACUGUUUGCAACAAUCAUGUCUAUAAGCAAAGAAAAGGGAACAGCUCAGACUAGGCGACAAAGAAGUGAAGAUCUCGAUAUCGACAACUUACUCGCCAAUCUGUCACCUGAGGAGGUGAAGGAACUGGAGAAUGAGCUCACAAUGAUCGAUCCUGACCCAAAUGUUCCAGUUGGUCUCAGACAACGGAACCAGACAGAAAAAGAACCAUCGACGUUCUACAACAGGGAAGCCUUGCUGGACUUCUGCGAGCAUGAGACCAAGAAACUCAUUGAGAGAGAAUUGUCGUCCAAGGAAGAGGCUAAGAACACAGGCCAGAACCAAGACAGAAGCUUCUGCAUAUCCGAUGGUCAGGAUGAUCCAGGCUUUAGUGGCUUGAAAGAAGUUGCACUGGAAGACCACAGUCAAUCCAGGUGGAAGAUGGGGCACAUGAACCAGUGGGGGCCAACGGAUUCUGAUGACAGCUGCCUAAGUUCAUUGAGUAGCUUAAGGAGAGUGCAGAGCAGUGGCAAGUUGAAAACUGAGGUGGGGGUUGAAACAGUGAGAAAAGAGGAGGGCAAGGCACAUGAGAGAAGACUUCAGAGCAAAACGAAAGUCUCCCAACAGCAGGAUGAAAAUGUGCAUGAAGACAACAAGGAUAAGAAAAAGGCAAUUUGUAGAUUGAAUGAGGCGUCCCAACUAAGUGAGAAAAACAUGGCAUGGCAACAUGAGGAACAAACCAUCUUGCAGAAGAAUGACAAACUAAAUGAGAAACAAAAUAGGAGGAAGGAGAAAUCAGCGGACGAAUCUCAAAAAUCUACUGCACAUGAAGAGGUUAGCAGUACAGAAGGGAAGACUGAAAAGCAAAAAGAGGAAGAAGAAAGAGAGGAAGAAAGCAGCAAGCUUGACGAGCUCUUAGAGAAGGUGCACAAAAAUGUUCCCGAGUUGACUGAACUUAACGUCAACAACUCAGGAGUCAUCAAGCCCAAAAUGCUCAUACAGUUUGUUGAAGCUUUGCAACAUAAUACUCACAUCAAAAUCUUAGCGUUUGCAAACACUCGAGCAGAUGACCAUGUAGCCUGUGCUCUUGCUAACACUCUAUGCAGCAACAAGACCCUGACCAGUAUCAAUCUGGACUCAAACCAUCUCACAGGCAAGGGCAUCAUUGCACUAAUCAGUGCCUUGCAACACAAUACCACCCUCACAGAGCUGCGUUUCCAUAACCAGCGGCACAUUUGUGGAGGUAAGACUGAAAUGGAAAUGGCUGGGGUGCUGAGGGAGAACACCACACUGCUUAAGUUAGGCUAUCACUUUCAACUGCCAGGACCUCGUAUGGCUGUAACCAGCAUCCUUAGUUCGAACAUGGACCGUCAACGGCAGCAGCGCCUGAGACACCAGAAGCAGGCCCAGUGUGAUGCUCAGAACAAGGGCCUGGUUGAGAAGUCAGAAGCGACAGAUGGCCUUCAGAAAGCUUGCCCCAAAUCUCUGCAGUUGUCACCUUCUUCCUCACCCAAAAAAACGCCCAGGAAGAAAGACCGAAGCAAAAGUGACACAAAAACUGAAACUACAAUAUGUUUGACACAGCCCCAACCUGCCCCUGUACUGGACGGUACUGUAAUGGAUGGUAAACUUCUGCGGAAGUUUCUGAAGCCCAGCACAGAGAGGAAGCUGGACAACCAAAGUGGCAACCAUGGCGUUGAGAAGAACCCAAGGGACCAGUUACUGGCCUCAAUUCGCAGCAGCAAUAUGUAUAAACUCAAAAAGGUUUCAGGUGCCAAACCAGCUGGGGUAGAUGACAGUGGGAAAGGGAAGGAAUAGAAGACGAAAGAAAAUAUUUUUGAGCACUGUGGUCCAUCAGUUAUGGGGGAGACUGGCAGGUGUGGAUGUGGUAUGUGUAAUGGAAUGUACAGGCCUCAGUGGUGUGACACUGUUUCAGAGUGUAUAAGAUAACAGGAGUAGUGUUUUAGAAUGAAGAAGACCCAAGGAUAUUAAUGCAUUCUGCAAUGUACGUACCUUGAAUGAAGUGUAUUUUAGAAGUCGCUAGCUGUUUUUGAAACACAGUUGCCUGCUGUGAUUGUUUCAUCAAUGAGUAUAAGACCGUUUUAAGAGUUGCCUACACUUUGUUUCCUGGACAUCUCAUAUGAUGGCUGAUUGAGCGUGCAUGUUUAAUGUACUGUGAGUUAAAACAUUUUAAUGUAAGACUGAAGGACAGCACAUAUAUUACAGACAUUAUACAUCAAGCCAAAAACAUCAAACAAUGUCAAAGUCCUGAAAAAUUUACAGGUGUACAUUUAAAACAAACCAAAAACCAUUUCUAAUUAUAACUAUUUCCAUUAUAGCGUAUUUUCAUUAGAGUGUAUGCAGGAACCUUCAAAUCAGUGAUGGUGACGUAAAUGCAGAUAUUUCAUGAACAAAAGAAGGUGAUUUUUUUUGCUUUUACUUUUUUUUCUGGCCAAAUUUGGUUUUCAGGUUUUCAGGUGAAUUUCUGCUCUGUUUGGUAGCGAUGGCUUUGUUGCUUUGCCAGAAAAUGCAAAAUAUUGCUCUGUCUUUUCCACAUUUAUAAAAAUUAUUUUGCUCUAACAACCUGGUGUGUGACCUUGUCAGUUUUAAUGUCCAAAAAGUGCAUUUUUCCUGCACUUCCCAAUAAAAAAAAAAAUAAUAAUACAACACAAACAAUUUUACAAAUAUGCAUUUCUUUAGUUCUGUUUGCAUUAAAAGUGCCACAGUGCUGACUGCUCUGAAUAGGGUGACCACCUCAUCCAUGUCAUGGGGAACAGUAUCAUCUACUUCAGCUUUCUCAAAUUACUUGAACCUGAAAGGCUCCCAUGCUUGGCUAAAUUAUUUGAUUAGUCUUGUAUUUCUCUUCUAUUUCUACUUACUUGAUUGAAAGACUCAUUCAGCUGUUUUACAUUAACAUUAGUGGCACAUGCAUGAUUGUAGGACACAGCACACAGCAAGAAUUCGGUGCUUAAGUGAAAUCCGGGUCUUUUUAAUUGAAAUUGGUUGAAAUGGUAGUUCACAAAUGCUGUCCUAGCUCAAAUUGUCCCCUCUGCAUUGCAUUUGGUGGUCACUCUGGUUCUGAGCCAGAGAACACAGUGCUGACUACAAGUACAAAUGAAACGUUUAAUGAUUUGGAGGGGUGUCCCAGUAUGUUUGCAAAUAUAGUGUAUAUGCAGUGCUGCAUUAGAGUGUGGCUACAAAUGCAACCAAGCUGGUGGAAGAGCAGCUGUUCUGCAGCUUUGGGCCCUUGAAGCAACCAGGGGCAGCAUUUCGAGGCUCCAGUAAUGGAGCUGGUGUGCCAGUGCAUUCUGAUUAAAAAGACCUGCUCUACUCUCUUGCAUCUUAACAGCAGUGGGUUGGUAGACCGAUUUAACUGCAUGCUGGCACCCCAGCUGUCCAUCCUCACUGGAGCUGAAGAGAAGGAUUUAGACUAUCAUCUAUCCCUGAUCAUUGAUGUUGUGAGUCAGUAGUUCUAUGAAUAAAGGUUAUGACCUCAUUAACUGCUUGGUCACCCCUCAA